CGUCCACCGAGGCUUUUCGCUGCCUCCUUUGCGCCUCUAGGAGGCACUCCAGCCUUGAUCAAAAGGACUCGACUCUUCCGUAGCUGCCGACAUGGUCGGCUGUUACGCGCAUGCGCCCGGUUUAAUCCGUCUGACAGUGGAGUCUCUCCUUUUCCACUCUGAUUUAAACACCCCACAGGACUGAACUGCGGAAGCACUCGUUCGAGGCGGCGGCAGCCGUCUGUCUUUGCUUUGGUCGUUUUUUUUUCUCCUCUCCUGCGCUGGCGAGUUUCCACGGCCUCCCGUGCGACCCGCGCGACUCGCGCGAUUCCCCAGAACACACUGCCUCUCUGCCUUCAACUGACAUCGAGGUCAACGACUGCGGGAGCUAAGGACGCCCAAGUUUGCCGAGAAAGGAUGGAAGUGAUGAGGCGACUUGCGGUCGCGAAUGGGGAGGUUUUCGUCAAGCCGAGAUCCCAUCUUCAGGUCUCACCGCUGGUGCCCGGUCCCCAGGGCAGGGCACUGUAAGUCGCGCAUCUCUCGUUUCGACGAGGAAAAAAAGUUCGAGUCGCAAAGACUUUCCUCGCCAUUUCAAAGGCUUCACCCUCCCCCCAAAAGCUCUGGAAAUGCUGGUCUCGAGAGAGGCUGCUGAGCAGCCGAUUCAGAGAAGUUGCCGCAAACGCCCUCGCGGUCUAGUGCCGUCUGUACAGCAGGCGCCGCCAACCGACCAAGCCUCCGACGGCGAAGACAAACAGUUCUUUUCUUCAGAACAGACAGUCUGCUCUGGAGUCUCCUCGCGCGGAGGCGACCUGGACUUUGCAGAGCACCCGGAAAUCGCGUCAAACAAGAAAACGAUGUCGUCUGAAGAGUCCACCGACGAGGAGCAAGGCAAUGAAAGAUGCGCAGACAGAGAGGAGCACUCCCAAGGAAAACAGGAGAUUCCUUGGUCGCCGUCUUCCUGGCGGAGUUUUCCGGCAGCACAGAAUCCGUUUGCCGCGGUCCCUGAGGACACCAUGGUGUCUGUACAGCAACGCCUGCGGUGUCUGCCUCCCUUGGUGUCAGCUGAGGAAGUCGAAAGCCUUCUCUCUCAUCUGAAAGACGUCUACGCUCGGAAGCGCUUCGUGCUGCAAGGUGGAGACUGCGCCGAGGUCUUCGGGGACUGUCGUUCCUGCGUUCUUACAGGAAAAGUUCGUCUGCUUCUUCAGAUGAGCGUUGUUCUUCAGCAGGCGACAGGCUGCAAGGUCGUUCGAAUCGGGAGAAUGGCAGGGCAGUACGGGAAGCCGCGAAGCCUCUCUCAUGAAGUCGUUGACGGUCGAACAGUCAUGACGUACCGCGGCGAUUCUGUGAACGGGAUGGAUCCUUCCGAGAGGGAUCCGCAGCCAGAGCGACUUCUGCAAGCCUACUUCCACUCUGCCGCGACUCUGAAUUUCGUUCGCUCUCUCCUCUCGCCGAACAGUUCCUUUCUUCGCGCUCCUGCAGGAUCCGGAGAGGCAGAGGACAGCCUGUGGGAGCUGUCUGAACAAGUCGCUUCAAGGAGGCGGCAGCAAUUUCAGAGCCUCCUCAGCGUCCUCAAGGUUUCAGAUCGAAGCGCCUCAGAGUCGGCUUCCUCUGUAGUGUCUGCCUCUGCUUCUUCGCCCUCCAGUUCUUCCUCGCCGCCAUCUUCUCAGCUGCCUUCUCCUGCUCCUGAGUCUGCCUGCCCAUGUCCCGCUCCUCCCUCUUCUUACCCCACAUUUUUGUCUCUCUUGGAGUCUUCAGACACGAACUCACUGGGAUGCUUUUCGUCUCACGAGGCUUUCCUGCUUCCUUAUGAGGAAGCGAUGACGCGAGAGUAUAACGGGAAGUUUUACGACACAAGCGGGCACUUCCUCUGGGUCGGAGACCGAACCCGCCAACUCGAUCACGCACAUAUCCAGUUUUGCCAAGGCAUCCGGAACCCCAUCGGCGUCAAGGUGGGCCCCACAGCGAAGCCUGAGGAAAUUGUCGAGAUUUGUCGGACUUUGAAUCCGGAUAACAUUCCAGGGAAGGUUGUGCUCAUCACCAGACUCGGCGCCGCUCGAGCUUCCAGACUCCUUCCUCUGGUGAUCAAAGCAACCCAGGCGGCCGGAGUGCGAGCUGUGUGGCUGUGCGAUCCAAUGCACGGAAAUACUCAAGUUACACCAGAGGGGAAGAAAAGGCGAUGUUUCACAGAUAUGCUGAAGGAGGUUCUCGUCACGUUCGACGCCCAUUUACAGUGUCAGUCGCAUCUUGGCGGAGUGCAUUUGGAGCUGACUGGAGAACAUGUCUUUGAAUGCAUCGAAGGAUCUGAGAGCCACGGAGGUGCCGGUGAAGAGACUUUCGAGGCUUUCUGUGAUCCUCGGCUCAACUACACGCAAGCUCUUGAGAUGGCCUUUGAAUUUGCACAACACAUACAAAGCAAGUCAAGUCAAACGGAGGUCCUCGACAGGAGUGCGAGGGUCGGUCGAGAUGCGAACUGAGGUUUAGGCGGACCCAAGGGGCAGACCUGUCCCGUUGGCGAGACAUGAAGGACGACGAAGCGUCGUAAAUUCUCAGAUUUCAGUGUCCGAAAGAAACACUGAGUGUCUUCACUGAGAGGUGUAUCGCUUUGCUUGUUGUUAAACUCCGCAGUGAUCGUCCACAUGGAUGUCGCUCCCUUUGCUCUUGCUCUAGCAGAACAGCCGUGUCAUUUGCAAUCGCGGAACUCUGCAGCAAUCCCGCUUCUUGGCAUUCUUGUUUUGGUUUUGUAGUUUUGUGUGCCAAGAACCCGGGAAACGUUUUCGUGUCCUUGCGUGUGGCACUAUCUUGUUUCCGAAAGGCCGAACCAUUUUGUGAUAUAGAGGAGACUGGAUCGGUUCCAAGGCC